AUGUUUUAUAAGACCUUUUUUACGCUUCCAAAAAGCGCACUGUGUUCGGGUUGUCCUCAAAAAUAUGAAAAGUUUUCAUACAGUGCUUCCGAUGGAAGAAUUUUUGUGAAUCGAACAGCAACUGAAAUGACUUUUUAUGCCAAAUACAUCCAAGAAGCGAUGGAUAAAAAAGAACCAGGAAUUGCACAAAAAUACUUCACGCUACUGGAGGAAGAAAGUUUGGAAAUGUCAUUCAAAUAUCAUUUCAAAAAGUGGUUGCGAAUCGUCACGCUGUUGAAAUGGUCAAUUGGAAUGUAUAGUAGCGCAGUUUCGAAGCAAUCAACCAAGAAAUUACAGGAAGCAUUAAAAAUUGAUCACUCCCAAGUAGGAGUAUCAAAAUUUGGAGGUUAUGCAGAGGUUCCAAAAUCGUGGGUUGAACAUGCGAUAGAAGAACAAAUUGAGGACAAGGAACUUUUAGUUCAGAUUCGAUGUGCAGAUAUUUACAAACUUUUACCUCAUUCCCAUACCAUGGAUUUUUAUUUUCCAAGUGAAGGAUGGAUUUAUGUGUUUGCUCCACAACAGGAUCAGUAUAAUUAUUCAAAAUAUGGGAUCAAAUAUUAUGGAGGUGAUCGUUCAACUCUGGUUCCAUAUAUUUCAAGUCGUCAAAAAUGUUAUGUUGACAGUUAUCCAAUUUCAUUUAACAUUCAGGUGAUAUUACCUGAUCGAGUUGAUAUGUCAGGACUUCCUUCUCGCUCAAUAUAUUGGUGGUUUGAUGAGGAAGAAGGUUCUGUAUUUCGUGCAUGCAUGGAAAUGCAACAAACGAGGAAUUAUUUAUUUGGAUAUGCACCGAAUUGGCAUUGGAGUGCGAGGAACUUGGCUUCUCCAUGUUUUCUUUACAUGGUAGGUCAUGAAGAGAUUUGUUUUGGUGAUGCUGAUUCUCUUUGUAUUUGGGCAGAAGUCAACAGAAAGAAAACAUCACAGGAAACGACAAACAUGGACGCUGUCAUUUCUUUCGACAAGGUUGAAGCACGUAUUUCAUGCUGA